CGUUAUCAUUAUUUGGCACUAUUAUUUGCCGCUGGUCCAUCCAGUGCGUCUACAGCCAUUGCAAGCAUCUUUGUACCGAUCCAAGAAUGCCAUACGGUACAAGCCCAUACGGCAGAGGCCCAAUCUUUAUAGCAAUCACCAUGGAAGCUCACGGCAACUACAAGCCUGGUUACGACUCUGAAUAUGACACAGCCAAAAACGAAACGACCUCCGAUGACCACCACCAUGGGAGUGGAAGUGUUGAAAAAGAGGGAAAAAACGAUGACUACAAGAUUAGCUCUUAUACCAAGAUGAAUUGCCCACCGUCAAAGCAAAUGCGACAGCCGCUGUCUUCAUCGUCUUCGCAGCGAUCAACAAGAAGAUUGCCUUCUUACAACAACAAGAUUGUACAAGAAUCUGCUAAUAACUGCAUUAACAGUCGUUUCGACCAUGACACUUUUUCCACGGCCAAGUCGAUGGCGUUGAAGUUUGCAAAUCCAUGUGGCCUGGACAUGAACCAAUACAACAACAAUUAUUGCCCACCGCCAAGGACACCAUCUACCGUUGGAAGUAGUUUCAGUGACGAUGAAUCAGUUGAAACUUCUUCUUCACUUGCACAGCACUCCUCACACCCGAAAAGAAACAAUCUCAAAUCCAGAUGCAGCGACGACAACCGCAGUGGCCAUCCAUUUUUGAGGAGAACUGUGAUUCAACGUCGGUCGUCGAGAAGCAGUGAGGCAUACUCACAAUUUUCUACCGAAAAAGAUGAAGGCGGCUACCCACCGCUCACACGAGGGAUAGCUCCGAAUUUUGAUAAGAAUGACGGCGAAGAUGUGGUUAUUGUAGUAGGCGAUCAGGAGUAUCCACUUCCACGGACAAAUGAGAAGUUCGUUGUCAAGUAUUUACUUAGUCGACAAGAGCGAGUAGACGAUCACUUCUCGUAUGUCGAUCUAUCCACACACUCGCCCAAUGAAUUCGAAGAAGUAAUGGAAUUCUUUGAAAACAACCGAAACACAGAGACAUGGGACGAGAUCCAUUGGAAAAACAUCCAUAUAAUUCUGCCCUGGUUCGUCGAGUUCCAGUCAUUGCCACUGAUGACAGCGGUCGACUCCUUUUUGUGUCACAACGGACUGGGAUCAGGUGGUCAAGGAUUUGGAUGCAAUGACAAUGGGAAUACCAAACGUAAUAAGCACAUCAGCCUCUCAAAUCUGCUCAUCUUGACGCAAAUUGCCUUUCGCUGUGGCUUGGAAAGCACGAAAAGUCAUGCUCGGAGACUUCUGAAGCAAUGUUUGCUAGAACCUCGCAAGGAAUACGGUGGCUCAGACGUACUAGAUGACAGUAACCACACCAACCGACCACCGAUGGAAGCUGCAACAGAGGAUAUUGAAUUGGAAUGGACUUUGCAUGAUUUACAAAUCUUAGCACAAACUUUGCAGGCAUAUUCCGAUCUAAGGGAAUACCUGUGGGAUACAUCAGUCAUUGUAUAUUUGCCUCACGAUCUCGAUAUUUCGAAUUCAACUGAAUUGGUUUCGAAUGCGCUUUUCCCAUAUCUAUUGCGCGAAGGAAUGAUGCAGAUGAUGAUUGUCGAAGGAAUCCGCAUCGACUCAUCCGCUGAUCUAUCAUAUUCACAAGCCAAUGAGAGCAGUUUCAAUAGCUCUGUAAGCAUAGGGUUCUCGUAUUCGGAAUCCACCUCGUGCAGUGACACUACAAUUCCUACGAAUCCUGCUGCCCAGCGGAAGAAUCUCACGCAGGAGGAGAUGCGGGUCCACUUAAAUGAGAUAGUAAUGUAUUUGGACAAAUUUCGCGCCGAAAAAGUUGCCAGGAUAGAAAUGCACAAGGAGCAGUUGGAGAAUUCCCUUCUUGCAAACGAAUCCUCAUUUGACGACAUCGGAGAAUUAUCUGUGGACGGUGUUACAAAUAGUCGUUCAAGUCAGGAUUAUGGUAGUCGAAGCGACAAGUAUGACUCUCAUCAAGUGGAAAGAAGAUCUUCAACGUCCUCUCGGGGGAGAGUGAGGGGGGUCUCAACGUUUGCAUGCUGAAAAAUAUAUUGAAAGCUCAUACCACUAUUUGGGAUGACUUUGUGCAGAAAGAAUUAAGACGUUAGUUAUAGAAAAUGAUACGUUUUGAGCUUCUUUGAGCGUUGUUGCUCGCUUCACUUGCCUGUAAAGUGAUACAGUCCAGUCAACAAAAUCACUCGGUACUUAAUUCGCAUAAAUGAAUCACCAUUUCACUCCGGGACUCGCAGUGCCAGUAGCAUCUGAACUGGUUUUCGAUGCUUUAGGAUAUAGCUAGUACGAGAUCCAACUCUGAUCUCAUAAUGGUUUUUGGUGUGUAUAAAUUGUACUUCUACGAGUGCAAGCCUUAUCAACAUGUGUAGAUGAAAUGACACGCACGCCAAUGUAGAUCUUAGAUAUUUUAAGGAAAAAAAGCGUCAGUUAUGC